UCACUCUGUUGUUCUCAGAUGUGAGUGUGUGUGGUUUGAGGGGGAGGGGUCAAGGCUGACUGGUGACACACAGAUCAGAGGAGAGUGUCCUGUCUUCCUAUAAAUAAGACUCGGUCUACUGGAGUUGUCAGACAGUCAGAGCUGCUGAUCACACUGCUGGACAAUAUUUAAAAGAGAGAAUGUGGCUAUUCUCACAUCUGUAGCAUAGCUCUGUAAAGCCUCUGCACUGGGGACAUCUCAUCAUCUAUUGAUUGAUUGAUACUUUAUUGAUCCUCAAAGGGGAAUUCUCCAUGAUGUUUCCUCUUGAAGAGAUGAAGAGCACCUGUCACUGUUCAGGUUACCGGGAGCAACAACAUCAGCCUCACACCAUCCUGUACAACAUCCUGAGCCGGGCGGACAGUAACUACAGCAACAACGACAGCCUGAUCAACAAUAACCAGGUGAACCAGUACAACUACAAUAAGAUGAUGCCUCACAACUGUCACUGCAAGCGGCAACGGGUGGUGUGUCUGAAGAACCCCGAGGGAACCUGUCAGAUGACAUCUGAUGUUCUGGUCAAAACCAUCUGCUUCAUGAAAAGUUUACCCUCCUUCAGUCAGCUUCCAGUGGAGGAUCAGCUAUCUCUGCUGAGGGACUGCUGGGUGCCCCUGUUCUCUCUGGGCCUGGCCCAGGAACGGACUGUGUUCGAGGUGAAGGAUGUUCCACAGGCUAGCAUGCUGAGGAGGAUCCUCCUCAACGGUCAGGGGCCACAGAGUGAGGAAGAGCAGGAGGUGGAAGAUGAGGGGAAGAGGUUGCUGCCUACCCUGGCUGGGGUGCAUAAACUCAGGUCCUGUCUGAACAGACUGUGGACUCUGGAUCUCAGCCCAAAGGAAUAUGCCUAUCUGAAGGGAGCUAUGCUGUUCAAUCCAGACGUCCCAGGACUGAGCACCACUGUAUUCAUCAACAGUCUACAACAACAGGCCCAGAGAGCUCUACAGGAGGUUGUGCUGACCCUUCACCCAGGAGACUUGGGUCGAUUCAGCUGCAUCCUACUAUCGACCUCUGACUUACAGACUGUCAGCCAAUCACUCAUCACAGAACUGUUCUUCAGACCUGUUAUUGGUCAGGCGGAUCUGUUUGAUUUGUUACGCAAGAUGCUGUUUAUUAGACAAAAAUAAAGCUGAAAGUGUGUGUAUGUGUUUGAAUUAUAUUUUAGGGUAUUUUCUACAGUGACAACUAUGAACGUGACGAAUGCAACCAGGCAAUAAAAGUUGAAUAAACUAAAUGAUUCUGUUUUCUUCUCUUCUAUCCACACAUUUAAUCAUUGUACUUUUGGCAUGUAUAUGACAUUUUAACAGUGGUGUGAUAACAAUAAAUUAAGUGAGAGC